AGCUUCGGGAGGGGGGCGUGGCUACUGGAUCUGUAAACCAACCGAGCAAAGAUGCUUCUGAAAGUAGCUGUCGCUCUUUUCUUUCUUCUCCCACUGCACGACACUCUGCAAGACAAUGAGAUCGGCGAGAAAUCUUCAUACCUCAAGAAACUGACUCAACUCUACGAGAAACUGGGAUUCAGCGAAGGCGCGGAGCGUGCACGGCGGCAAGUAUUGACGGGUAUGCUUUCAGACGCCCUAAACGAAGGAACCAAGUCACCCGGAGAAGAGAGAUUCGUUAGAGACGCGGAGAUCACGUACCUUUCCGAGAGAGACGGAAGCUUCGAAGUCCGACUUUUGACGAGCUCGCUGCGGACAACGUCGUCCGAUUACGAGCUUGUACGCGGCAACGCCGACUUCGCACACUUCGUGGCUAACGUUAGUAGCAUUCAGAAGUUGGAUUUGAGUCUUUAUGCGGGAGAUAAGGUCAGGAAGCGACGCAAUAUUGAGAGCACUCCAUUCAACAAUGGAAGUAAAGGCAUCCGUGAGCUGCUCUCACUGGCUGAUCACACUCAAUGCAAGAAGACUGAGUUGGACGAGUGCGAGAGGGGUUCCGUCGUCAUGGAUACCUGGACCAAUCAGAGUCUGGCGUUUCAGAGGUGGCUUCAGAGAAAUCUAACCUUUGACCUAGUACAGACGCUGGGGACGCAUAAUUCCUUCAACAACAAGGCUGACGGAUAUGGAACGGGUGAUUUCACGCUGGGACUAAUACUUGAAGCCCUGAGCGACGGGCGAUGGGAGUUUGUGUGGGCUCAGCAGUGGUUCACUAUGACGGACCAACUGAACAUGGGAGUCAGGCAUCUCAUGCUGGACCCAGUGUUCUUCUGGGGAGAGAUGCGCCUAUGUCACUGCGGUACAUCCUUCAAGUGGUUCGAUGACGUUCUGCACUUCAUUGAAAAGACCCUGAAUAUCAGUCUACAGUUCGACUCUGCUGAUUUGGGAUGCAUGCCUCAUGAUAGGACACUAGUAGCAGGUCUUCAAGAAAUACAUGACUGGGUGGUAGCUCCGGGCCACGAACAGGAAGUACUAAUGGUCCACAUCAAUGAUGAGGGUGACAGUGCAGACUGGGGGCACAUAGAUCUCAUACAAGACCCCGUGGCACAGAUAUACAGCGGACAUCUCUUUACUCCCCAGGACAAGAAAUCUCUAUUUCCCACUCGCUGGCCGUCUCCAAACGAACUCGUCCGACUGGGAAAACGGGUUAUCGUAACCUGUACGGCUCGCUGCAACGACUCUCGGAUAUUCCUGGACAUGCACGUACCGGACUGGGACAACGACACGACAAAGUAUUUCACGGUGGCCCCCCGUUGUGGGGGGUUUGCCCCCGGUCAAUUUUACCUCGUGGGGGGCGAAAGUCAAGUAGUGGGUCCAAUAUACAAUGGGCCAGAACAUGAAGGUCUAAUAAUCCCCGAGAACCUUCCCUACCUCACCCAGUGCCCAGUAACAGUCUCCGAAAUGGACUUAGUCUCUCCACCUCUCGUGGCAGCUGCCAUCUGGUCAUGGGCACCUGGAUUCUCCCACAGCAAUGUGACCACCGCCACCCAAUGUCCAGCUGUUGACAUAGAAAGAGAAGGUCGCUGGGUGGUGUUGUCUUGUUCAGAAGACCUAGUUCACAUGUGUCAGAGCAGUGCCAAUAUUUCUGAUGUGGCGUUGAGCAUUGACAGGGGACAGUGGGGAACAGCACAGUGUCCACAAGGCUAUGCCUUCUCACUACCACAAACAGGUUAUGUAAACCGGAAGCUGUACGUUGCGGCAACAAACACCAACACCUCACACGUAUGGAUAAACCUGCCAGCCUCAGCAAAAUAACAAACAGCGUGAGACAUAGCGCCGUGUGCGUGUGUGUGCAAAUUUUCAUUCUGGUCAGUUUUAUUUUCAUUCGCUUUUAACCCGUGUGUAUGUAUUUCAGUGGAAUAAUAUUUAUUUGGA